AUGUCUUCAAGUAUUCCCCUCAAAAGGACGAAAUCGGACAAGCCUAGAGGUCCAUUAAAGGCUUUUCAUCUUCCUAACUCUUCUUCGACACCACAUAUGUCUAAAAAGAAACUUGAUGGUCGAAAUGGACCCAAGACCUACUGGACAGAUAGUGAAGAUAGCUCUCGUCUUUUGAGUACUGCGGAAUGUAGUUCUCAGUCAACAGGUUCACCGGGAUCAAUAGAUGAAAACGUCCUUUCUAAGAAUCCUUCCCCAAUUGGUGUGGAGAAAAGCAGUUUAAAACAGCACUUUCCCGUAAUUGUAGGAAUUAAGCGCAACAAUAGUCAUCUAUUUGAUCAAAAGAAAGAUGUUGAGAAUUGUGGAAACUUUCCCUGUGCGUGCUGCUGCUCCCCUGUCUUACCCCCAAAGCGAGCUCAUGUUGUCAUGGGGGCAGAAGGACUCAAACUACUCAGGGGAAUCCCAUCUCCCUUUAAACACCUCAACCCGUCAGCAACUCCCCCUGAAACAUCUCUUGCGCCUGUGUGCCCUGUCCCAAUGCCACCAUCGUUCCUCACUCCUCAGCCUCAUCUUGAUUUGGAUUUCCCUGGUCGUCGGUCCAUCGCUUCACAGACAUCCCCCCUUGAGAUAGAUAAAAAGAAAUCUAAACGAAGGAGUUCAAGUGCUAACGGAGGUGGGGUUCUAUCAUCAAUCAAGAAGAAAAUUACCAGCCUCAAAAGUUCAAUAAGCACAGACAAAUUCCCAUCAAGAGCUCUAUUUCGUGAUAUCCCAAGCCCCAUGAAAAUUGCUAAGCCAACUAAUUCUUCAAGCGAAGUUACCACAUGUACACUCCUUCAAAGGUUUCCUGAUGGAAGCCGAGUGGUUCAGCUGAGACGAGCCUGCCCUUCUGCUCAAUUCGGACUCUAUGUUCGAGAUGAUGAGGAUAAAGGCAUGAUAGUGAGUCGGAUAGGAUUAAUAAAAUUCUCAGAGAAAAACAACUUUUUGAAUCGUGGAGAUCGUGUGCUGGAAGUUGAACACAUACCCUCUUCAAAACUCGAUUGUGAUGGGAUGCGAAAACUCCUAGAUGGACGUUUAACAGCAACGUUAAAAGUAGCCGACUCUUCCAGGCAUAACGAACAUCACAACUAA